AUGGUUCAAGCCGAAUCCUCAGCCAGUGCCUCUCGCAAUGGCCUCAAGGCGCAUACGGCCGGCGCCCCUCCUGACUAUGAAUUGCCCUGGGUAGAGAAAUAUCGCCCGGUAUUCCUCGAUGACAUUGUUGGAAACACAGAAACAGUCGAGCGCUUGAAGAUUAUCGCUAAGGAUGGAAACAUGCCGCACGUUAUCAUCUCGGGCAUGCCCGGUAUUGGAAAGACAACUUCGAUCUUGUGCCUGGCGAGACAGCUAUUGGGAGACGCAUAUAAGGAGGCAGUUCUGGAGCUCAAUGCUAGUGAUGAAAGAGGUAUCGACGUGGUACGAAACCGGAUUAAGGGCUUUGCCCAGAAGAAAGUCACCUUGCCGCCUGGUCGCCAUAAGCUUGUCAUUCUUGAUGAAGCCGAUAGUAUGACAUCAGGUGCCCAGCAAGCAUUGCGGCGUACAAUGGAGAUUUAUUCGUCGACGACACGCUUCGCAUUUGCCUGCAACCAGUCAAACAAAAUCAUCGAGCCGAUUCAGUCGCGAUGCGCUAUCCUACGUUAUGCUCGGUUGACCGAUGCGCAAAUCGUCAAGCGCCUGAAGCAAGUAUGCGACGCCGAGAAAGUGGAACAUAACGAAGAGGGCAUCGCCGCCCUGGUAUUCAGUGCUGAGGGAGACAUGCGUCAGGCUAUCAACAACCUGCAGAGUACAUGGUCUGGUUUUGGUUUCGUCAGUGGGGACAAUGUUUUCAGGGUAGUCGACAGCCCGCACCCGAUCAAGGUCCAGGCAAUGAUCAAGGCUUGCUGGGAAGGCAAGAUUGAUGCGGCGUUGGAGACACUCAAUGAAUUAUGGGAUUUGGGGUAUUCCUCCCAUGAUAUCAUCAGCACCAUGUUCCGUGUCACCAAGACAAUUCCCACUCUGUCAGAACAUUCCAAGCUGGAAUUCAUCCGGGAAAUUGGUUUCACGCACAUGCGCAUCCUAGACGGCGUGCAGUCACUGCUCCAACUCAGCGGCUGCGUUGCGAAGCUUUGCAAGAUCAACAUGAAGCCGCAGCUCUUUGAGCCACCGAAGAACUGA